CGAAAGCAUAAAAUGUUCGGUUACACCCGAACUUAGAACUUCCUUACUUGUUUUUAUAUUCUAUUAGUAGUGAAUAAGGUUGUAUACCUAAAAUUGUUAAAAGGUUUCUUCAAAAGUUUUCAUUUAACUCGACUUCAGUAUUACAUUUUGAUACUUGUGCUAAUGUACAUUCAAAGUUUCUACCGCACGUUAAUUUUAACAAAAUGAAUUCAGAAAUUUCAACGGAUUUUUCACGAGAUACAUAUUUGAAUGCGCUUCAGAGCUCUCAUCAAUCUAGUUCGGGUGCUAAUAUUGGAUACAAUUACAUACCUCCCACAUAUAAUAAUUUGCAGCCCUCAAAUGAAAUAUAUGGACCACCAAGCCAAGUAUAUGGACCUCCUACGUUUCAUCAACCUGUCAUAUAUCAACCUCGAGACCAUUGGUUUUUAGAGAAACUGAAGAAGAAAAUAAAUUUGUUUACAAUUGGAAAGAUAAUAUUAAAACUUCUGAUUUUUAAAAAGAUUAUCAAAUUUAUUGGAAUUAUUUGUAUGCUCCUAUUUCUUCCAAAAUUAAAACAUUUUCUAAAGGACGAUAUGUCAAUGGAUGAAACCAGUGAAGAAAGCAGAUAUAUUCGAACAGAGAAAGAUGCACUGGAGAAACAUAUUGAAGAUUUGCAAGAUAUUAUUUUAAGGUCAAUUAAUUAGAACUAAACUUAAUAAGCCUUUAUAAGUCGAUUAAUAUUUGAUUAUUUUGUCCUACAUAUAUUAAUAAAUAUUUAUUAUUCGAAA